AUGUCUUCGUCAAAGCUCCGAGUCCUACUGACUAAUGACGAUGGUCCUCCUGGACCCGACUCUCCGUAUAUUUACGGGCUUUACAAACACCUCACCCAAGAUCUGGGCUGGGACGUGAAGGUCGUGAUCCCCAGCUCGCAGAAGUCUUGGAUAGGUAAGGCAUAUCAGAUCAAGGAUAUCAUCCAUGGACGAUACUACUAUCCCCGCGAUCCCGAUGGUAUGGGAGACUUCUCGGAGACAUCUAGACCUGUCAAAGAAGGAGAGAUGGCAGAAUGGAUCCUUCUAGAUGGGACACCAGCCACCUGCGCGAACAUUGCCCUCCACAACAUAUACCGCGGAGAGAUUGACCUUGUGCUUUCUGGCCCAAAUCUCGGCCGAAAUACCUCCUCGGCAUUCGCCCUUUCGUCCGGGACUAUUGGCGCUGCUCUCUCCUCUUCCCUCUCCAAGACACGUGCAAUUGCCCUCUCCUACGGAACUGUCCACCACCCAACCCCACCCCCCUUCUUCCAUCCUGCCCACGCCCUUUCCGCGCGCAUCAUCCAACAUCUCUGGUCGAACUGGGGUGCCGACGAAGGUGGGAUCCGAAAGGACGAAAUCGACCUCUACAACGUCAACAUCCCCAUGAUCGAAGGAUUGCUGAGUGAAGAGGGCCUACCGAUCACUUGGACGAGGAUCUGGAGGAAUUCGUACGGAAGGUUGUUUAAGGCCCACUCGGGUGAGCAGGCAGAUGCGUUGAAACGAACGAUGUCGGAUGCCGGGCCAGAUGGGAUGAGUCCCGGUCCUUCCCCGUCUAUCGCGAAGACGGAGAAGACAGAAAUCAAACCCGAAGAGGCAGGUGACUUGGUGUUCAAGUUCGCUCCAGAGAUGGGCAACCUGAUCAAUCCUUCCGCAUCGGAUGUGACGGAAGGCAGCGACGGAUGGGCGAUCAGGAAGGGUCUGGUUUCCGUUACGCCGAUGAGAGCCAGUUUUGCUGAACCGCCUGCGGAGGAGAUAUUUGGUCUUAGCGGUGGGGUUGACAGUUUGUUGUGGAAGUUUAAGCUUUGA